CGGAUAUCAAUGGAGAAAAACCAGUAUUACUACCAGAAAAUGUCGGGGUUCUGUUCUUCCAGUUCUCCGACGACAACCUCAUCUGGCAUGAUGGUCUCGUCAACAGGAGCUUCAGAACUUCUUUUUUCAAAAUACCAACACCAACUAGAUUUGAAGGAAAUCAGGAGACAGAAGUGCUUGGAGUUGGUGAAUCUCUUCCCGUUGAAAAAAAUCGUCACUUCGAGGAGACAAUCCUCGUCUUCGAAGUCCUCUUCCGCGGGGGGCUACAGCAACUCCAGUUAUCCAAGAAAAAAACAUUGUUAGUGUAGGAUUCUCAAAAAUCACCGAAUUUUUUUUUGGUCGAAACAAAGAAAAUUUUCAGCUCGCUGCGGUCCGCCACCUUCGAACCUGUUAUGAUUUUGUAUGAUGAUUCUUAACUUGUCUAAAUAGCUAUAGGUUGCUUCGGUUCAUUAAAACUAGUUAAGGAGGCAGGUCUCUUCGGUGGCGACGACGCGGGACGCGGACAAGCAGUGGCUCAUGGGUGACCAGCCCUCUGGCCCCACCUGGGGCCAGAAGCGUACAUAGCGGUAGGUGUUGAAGCGAGCCGUCAGAUUCCAGUGCAGUAUGCAGUGUCCUGCCUCCUUAACUAGCUAAUACAUGAGAAAACCGAAGCAACCUAUAGCUAGACUUUUCAUCAGCAUUCCAAAGCAGCAAAUCUAAAGUAAUCCGGACUUACCUUUUUCAAAAAAAAAAUCGACCUUCAGACCAAAAAAAAAUUCGGUGAUUUUUGAAAAUCCUACACUAACAAUGUUUUUUUCUUGGAUACCAGUAUGCGAAAGAAUACCAACAAAAGUGCGUUAGUCACAAUCUCCCUGGCAAACCUUUCCGAUGAGGAGUUGCACGCCUCGGGAACCAGUUUCGUCCACCAACCUCUGCGCAUGAAUUUGAUUCAGCACAUUGAGGAGGCGGUGUUGUAUAUCCAAGAAAAAAAUUGUGUAAGUGUGACUUUGUGUUGCAGAAAAUGCAAAACUGUAUACACUUGUCAUGCUAGACAUACAUCAGAGCCUCUUUUCGUACGUGUUUUUACGUACUAGCUACGCAUGACAGGUUUUCUCUGUCAUGCAGAGUAAACUUGUGAUGCUACUCCUCCAAGAAAAGUUACACUUACACAGUUUUUUUCUUGUGAUAUUGUAUCUCUUCGUUUUAAUCCCCCAACUCGCGAACUA